AUGUCUGAGGGUUCCAUGAGCAAGUGUGAUUCUAUUUCGCCAAGUCUCCCAGCAACUAAUAAGAGGGGCCCUGUUGAAGCAAGCAUCCUAGACUACGUUCUGUACGUGCACGCACCAAACUGCAAGAAUCGUGCGGCUCUGAUAGCUUUAUUAAUCCAUUCAGAGCUGCUGUCACGUGGAGCGAGACCAACGGAGGCUUCUUUGUCAACAGCUAUUCUCAACCCAUCGUGUUUUUCCGAAGACCCUAUCAGAAUUUCCUACACGUUAAUAUCUCGUCCGAAGUGUGAUGCGCUGUCAACAUGUAGGCAACUACAAGUCUCCGUGACAGAAACAGAUUCGCAUGUCUUCAUCAGUGUAACAGAUACAACUACGGAUAAAUUUGGACAUUUAGAACUUUCAGGAAUAGAACAUGUUUGUCUCGACUGUGUAAAUAACUCCUCAUAUAAAGAUGCUAAUGCUGUAUUUCCACAACUUACUGAAUUACUUGAAAGUAUUGAAGAAAGUUUAUGGAAACCUGUCCUUCCAGCUCCUCCACUUUAUCGUUCUGCUGAAACGGGUCAUAAAAAGGAAUCGCCUUCAAACAACGAUGAAUUCCACACCUAUCCACAAAGACCGUUUACCGGCAAUUAUUCUGAAACAAAACCAUCAAUUGGAAUACCACUCUCAGAUUAUGGUAGAAGUGAUCUGGACCCGUUAUCGAGUAUUGGAGGCCCAUCAGGUAGUGGCGGAAUGAUUUUUGAUCCAAGACGUAUGAUACCCGAUAGCCGUAUCGGUGGUGGAUCAUUUUUUGGUGGACCUGAUGUUUUACCACCUGGAGCAGUUCCUCCAGGUGCUAGAUUCGACCCAUUUGGACCCGGUGUAAUGCCUUCAAGACCACAUCUUGGUAAUGGCCGUCGCCGUAACCCAGAUCCCGAUCACGCUUUACCUCCUGGAUUCGAUGAUAUGUAUAUGUAG